GAGCAAAAGGAAAAACUGCAAGCCUGGCAGGGCUGGAAAGUUUGCCUUCUUGUUACCUCGGACAAAGUAAUGAUUUAUAUAAGGCCCCGGAGGAUAUUUUUUUUCAGGAGUGGUCACUCCCUAAAUCCAGGCAAGGAAAGGGAGGAGUCUGACCGAAUCACGCCCCUUCUCCAGUAAACUUGGGUCACUGCUAGCUGAGCGGCUGGAGUUUGAAGAGCGGGGAGUAGCUGCACACUCCGAGCCUUCCCCAUGGUGUCGGUGGCGAGAGCCGUGUUUGGAGAGCUGCCCUCGGGGGCGGGUACAGUGGAGAAGUUCCAGCUGCAGUCAGAGCUGCUGAGAGUGGACAUCAUCUCCUGGGGCUGCACGAUCACAGCCCUGGAGGUCAAAGACAGGCAGGGGAGAGCCUCAGAUGUGGUGCUCGGCUUUGCCGACUUGGAAGGGUAUCUCCAAAAGCAGCCCUACUUUGGAGCAGUGGUUGGAAGGGUGGCCAACCGAAUCGCCAAAGGAACGUUCAAGGUCGAUGGGAAGGAGUAUCACCUGGCCAUUAACAGGGAGCCCAACAGCCUACAUGGAGGAGUCAGAGGGUUUGAUAAGGUGCUCUGGACCCCUCGGGUGUUGUCAAAUGGCAUCCAGUUCUCGCGCGUCAGUCCAGAUGGUGAGGAGGGCUACCCUGGGGAGUUAAAAGUCUGGGUGACAUACACCCUGGAUGGUGGGGAGCUCAUGGUCAACUAUCGAGCCCAAGCCAAUCAGACCACGCCAGUCAAUCUGACCAACCAUUCUUAUUUCAACCUGGCAGGCCAGGGUUCCCCAAAUAUAUAUGACCAUGAAGUCACCAUAGAGGCUGAUACUUUUUUGCCUGUGGAUGAAACGCUGAUUCCUACAGGAGAAGUUGCUCCAGUGCAAGGAACUGCGUUUGACCUGAGAAAGCCAGUGGAACUUGGAAAACACCUGCAGGCAUUCCACCUCAAUGGUUUUGACCACAAUUUCUGUCUGAAGGGAUCUAAAGAAAAGCAUUUUUGUGCAAGGGUGCAUCAUGCUGGCAGCGGGCGAGUGCUGGAAGUAUACACCACCCAGCCGGGGGUCCAGUUUUACACGGGCAACUUCCUGGAUGGCACACUGAAGGGCAAGAGUGGCGCCGUCUAUCCCAAGCACUCGGGGUUCUGCCUGGAGACCCAGAACUGGCCUGAUGCAGUCAAUCAGCCCCACUUCCCUCCUGUGCUGCUGAGGCCUGGUGAGGAGUACAACCACACCACCUGGUUCAAGUUUUCUGUGGCUUAAGGAAGAUAUGACCUGGUCCAGGGUGGGGCUCAACAGCCUGCCUCCUGUCCGGAGAGGAGAUGAAGAUUUAGAAGCUUUAAAAGUGAUCCUGUAGAUUAGAAUCACGCAAAUGGUAGUUGUCAUGA